GGGCAGCUCAAGUUGGCAUUUACUAUCAAAGCGUUAUUUGAGGACAUGACACCCUCCGCACCCGAGAAAAGCCUCAAUCGCUGCUCGUCCUCGUUCCAGAUGCGCUCGCUGCGUCCAGUGUCCGCCAAGAUCAUCUCGUAUGGCCGCGAGAACCAAUCACACCGUCGCCCCACUCUCUACGUACUUCGAGUGAGCCGCAGCGGCGCCCCAGACUGGUAUGUGGCCAAGCGCUACUCGGAGUUCCGCGCUCUACACGAAGCGUUGCAGCGUCAAUGCAACGGCAACGGCAGUAAGCAACACGCGAGUUGUAGCGCAUGCGAAGAGCUCGAGAGUUUUUACAGUAGCGUGCGCUUCCCUGAUCGUCACAUCCUGCAGUCUGGUCUGGGCAUCUCCAAGAAACGACUGGAUGCCACGAGAAUGGAAGAAUUGGACAGCUAUAUGCGUUUCCUAUUAGUCAAUACACAGGGUCUCAUAGGAGAUGAAGAGGAUGAAGACGAGUCGCCCGAAUGGGACGACAACGAAGGCUCCAGGUGUCUCGCGCUGGAAUUGAUACGCGAGUUUCUCAUGGUGAAUGAGGACCACACAACGACAGAGUCGGAAGCCAAACCGCAACAGGAUGGAGAGAACACUAAAGACAGAAGAGCAGCUGCGGGUGUGACGUCGGCUGCUGUCGUGCCCAGACGGCAGCUGCACCGGCUAACGAGGAGGAGCUCAUCCGUCACCAGUUUCCACGUGCGGGAGCUGGAUCUCGUGUCAGCCGAGAAGAAGAGCUCUCCCACGGGCGACUCAAUGCGCAAUCUCUUCUCUGAGGAGUGGUGGGACCCCUCCUUUGCGGACGUGUUCGAGGAAUGUGCGGCACCUCCAGAGGACGCUUUCAUCCACCGUCAGGUUGAGGAUGCACCCGCUCGCACUCAUCCGUUGCGUCUCAUUGAGGGAUUCCCUCGUCGCUAGAUGGGAAAAGGAU